CCACGGAGAGAAGAUCUGCGCGUAUGCGGAAUCGAUUUUUUUUUUUGCCAGGUGUUUGUCGUCCGCGUAUGUGAUUCAUUCCUCUCGCCGCGGACUUUCCCCGACGGGCGCGCGGAGAGAUGCGAGAGUGCCGAGGUGGCUCCGAAUGAAUUCGGAGCAAGACGUCAUCGGCUUUCAACGGGGCCACGUGGACCACGUCGGGAGCCAGGCAAAAUAUGUGCCAGCAUGUCCGAGGACGACGCGCAGGAAGCAGCCAGCGAGGAGAUCGAGAGACAGGGAUCCCUCUACGUGUUCCCGAAUGCAAGCCGUCCGAGCUGCACGACUUCGUCGUCGUCGUCGUCGAUCUCGACGGCGCCUCUCCAGCCGCCGCCUCCGCUGUCGUUCCUUCACGAUGGCACGAGCACGGCGAGCACGGCGAGCACGGCGAUGACGACCAGCGUUACCACGACGAUGACGAGCACGUCGACGAAAAACAGCAACGGCGACGAGGACGAGGACGCCGUAGAGGAGGUCACCUCGCCGGCCAGGAGGAAACCCUUUCCGAGGACGCACGCGAGAUCGGCGAGCCACGGUGGUGUCCUGGCGGAUUGCACGACCGGAUGGCAGACCUACGGAUCAUUCCUGGGCCGGCCGUUGACGGCGGUGGGAAGCGCCACGUCCGCUGGCCGACCGUCGGCGUUGAAAAAGCCGGGUCACCAGAGAGCCUUCAGUCAGGGUCAGGUGGCGGACGUGACGCAGGGCCAAUCGGCUGUAACGGGACAUCACCGUGUCGGCUCCAGAACGGACUUCAUCCUGCCGCCAGGCCACAGGGAAGACGGCAGACCGCCCACUGCCGGCAGAAUGCCUUCUUUUCGCGGCCAUUCCCGUCAGGCGUCCAGAUCGGAGUCUAUCUAUACGAUAAGACGUAGCGUCGCGCCUCCCUGGUGGAGGAGACUAUGGGCUCAUUGUUUCGGUCCGCUGCCGGAGGAGCCCCGUUUAAGGACAAUAGUGCCGAAUCACUUAGUUCCCCCGAAGACUCCGAAAAGACAGCAUCCCAAUGGAGACAGGGUGGACAACAGGGUACGCACAACGAAGUACACCGCAUUGAGCUUCCUACCUCGUAACCUGCUAGAGCAGUUCCACCGCGUGGCCAAUCUGUACUUCAUCUUCAUCGUGCUGCUUAAUUGGGUGCCGGCUAUAAACGCCUUCGGCAAGGAGGUCGCCAUGAUCCCCGUGGUGUUUGUUUUGGGUGUCACGGCGCUUAAGGACUUCUUCGAAGAUCGCCGGCGACUCGCCAGUGACCGACGUGUGAACAAUUCCACCUGCCGCGUCUACGUUAGCGAGGGCGACAGAUACGUGAAGGUGGCAUGGAAGGAUGUCAAGGUGGGUGACCUGGUUCACCUCUCGAAUAACGAACUGGUACCGGCCGAUCUCUUACUUCUGCGAAGCAGUGAUCCUCAGGGAUUAGCUUACCUCGAUACGUGCAAUCUCGACGGCGAGUCGAACCUGAAGCAGCGCCAGGUGGUCAGGGGUUUUCUCGACCUGCAGGAUACCUUCCAGCCUUCCAAGUUCCGAUCGGUAGUCGAGGUCGAUCAGCCAAGCACUAGAAUAUAUAGGUUUCAUGGCGCCGUGGUGCACCCGAACGGCGGCAGGGUGCCCGUAUCGACGGAAAAUCUUUUACUCAGGGAAUGCGUUUUAAAGAACACAGACUUUGUCGAGGGUAUAGUCAUAUACGCCGGUCACGAGACCAAAGCGUUACUGAACAAUGGUGGACCCAGAUACAAGCGUUCCCGUCUGGAGAGGUACAUGAACAGGGAUGUGAAGUGGUGCGUGGUGAUACUGGUGAUUCUGUGCGUGAUCGGCGCGUUUGGCUGCCGAUUCUGGCUGUCUGCGUACACAGGUUUGCCGGCGGUGCCGUUUCUGCCGGUGCUGCAGGAGCCCACUUACGAGAGCUUGCUGACCUUCCUGACAUUCAUCAUAAUAUUCCAAGUGAUGAUACCGCUGAGCCUGUAUGUGACGAUCGAGAUGGCCAAGGUGGGUCAGGUGUAUCAUAUCGGUCACGACCCGGCCCUCCACGACACGGAAACCGGCCGUAAGGCGGAAUGCCGCGCGCUGAAUAUCACGGAAGAAUUAGGCCAAGUACAGUACGUUUUUUCCGAUAAGACUGGUACCCUUACGGAAAACAAAAUGCUAUUUAGAAGAUGCGUGGUAGGCGGCCAAGAUUAUUCGCACAUGGGCGACAACGAGAAUCUGCUUCCGUGUUCGCGACUUAAGGAGGAUCUGCUCAUAAGUACAUUUCGACAUCGCUUACAGGAGUUUCUUGUUGUCUUAGCCACGUGUAACACAGUUGUUGUAAAUUCUCAACCGCAUCACGAUAUUAUGAACUCUAGCGGAGUCAUCGAGGAACCGCAAAAGAAUGGAACUGGUUCUAUGAGAAUAAUGGAAUCGGAUGCGAGCUCAUUUCCGAAUGCGAAUUCUCCACCGAUACCGCUGUCUCCGAGCAAUAGAGCUAUCCGAACCUUAUCUCCAGUAUCACCUGUAAUCAGUACGGUAAACACGUUUGACGACACUUCGAAAUUCCCGUUUAAAAUUUCCAGACCAAAAUUACUGAACGUAACAGCAAUACCGAGUCUGGGGAUCGGACUGGGGAUGUUGGGACGGAAAUUUUCGCCAGAUGGACCGAAAAGACGCAGUCCGGAAACAAAGAACGGAGACGAACUGCUGCAGAGUCCGGCGAUCUACGAGGCGGAAAGCCCGGACGAAUUGGCGCUGGUUCACGCGGCGCGCGCUUACGACGUCAAGCUGCUGAAGCGGACGCCUCGUAGCGCGAUUGUAUCCUUCCCGGACAAGUCGACCCUCGCGUUCGAGAUACUUCACGUAUUGCCGUUUGACUCGAACAGGAAAUGCAUGUCAGUGCUGCUCAAGCAUCCUCACACGGGCGAGAUAGUUCUGUACAGCAAAGGCGCCGACACGACGAUGCUUCCGGCACUCGCGUCGAGCGACGAGAACGCCGUCAGCUCGGCGAGUAUACGACACUACUUGCAAUCGUACGGACGUCAGGGUCUGCGCACGUUAGUGAUGGCGAAGAGAACGCUGACGACACAGGAAUACGAGAUCUGGCGGGAGAAGCACAACGAGGUGGAGUUGGCGACGGAGAAUCGCGAGCGUCGUAUACGCGACUCAUACGCGAUGCUGGAAUCGCACUUGACAUUAUUGGGUGCGACCGGUAUCGAGGACAAGCUUCAGGCCGGUGUGCCCGAAACAAUGGCCGCUCUGAUCGCCGCCGGGAUUGUCGUAUGGGUUCUGACAGGGGACAAGCCGGAGACCGCGGUGAACGUGGCGUACUCGGCACAACUCUUCUCGCCAGCCAUGCAACUGCUACAGCUGCAGGCAAGAUCGAAAUCUGUGGCCGAGGCGCUCAUACACGGCUAUCUGGAAACAGCGCGCAAAGAGAACGUAAACGGUCAUCCAUCGCAGCCAACGGACAUGAUGGGCAUCGCCGAUCCUGCCGGCAUAUAUAACCGCGAUUCCGCCGAGAGGGAUGCGCACAGAAUCGGCAGUCCGUGGCCACGGCAACGCGCCCUCGUCGUAGAUGGCAAAACGUUAACCGUGAUCCUAGACCCGCGAUCGGGCCUCACCGGUCCGUUCCUCGAACUCACGAAAACUUGCUCCAGCGUCUUAGCCUGCCGCGCCACACCAUUGCAAAAGGCAUACAUAGUCCGCAUUGUUAAAAAGCAAUUAGGAAUGAGAACGCUGGCAAUCGGCGAUGGUGCGAACGAUGUUAGUAUGAUACAGACUGCCGAUGUGGGUGUCGGCAUCUCAGGGCAGGAAGGUACGCAAGCGGUAAUGGCAGCGGAUUUCGCGAUUUCUCGAUUUUCCAUGCUCAGCCGACUCCUCCUUUUACAUGGACAUUGGUGUUACGACCGCCUCGCCAGAAUGAUUUUAUAUUUCUUUUACAAAAACGCCACCUUUGUCUUCCUCAUAUUCUGGUUUCAAUUGUUUUGCGGCUUUUCCGGCACCGUAAUGAUAGACCAAAUAUAUUUAAUGCUAUACAACUUGCUGUUUACUUCGCUGCCGCCUCUCGUCUUGGGCAUUUAUGAUCGAGUUGCCAAGGCUCGCGUGUUACUUUCAGCGCCGGAAUUAUACACAAGGGUACGCCUAGGAUUGGUAUACCAGCAACAUUCCUUUUGGCUCACGAUCAUCGACGCUUUUUACCAAAGUAUCGUCAUAUUCUUUAUUACCAAAGAGGUUUAUCACGAUUCAGUUAUCGACAUAUGGGAGUUCGGAACGACCAUCAUGACAGCGUGUAUUGUCGUCAUGCUAGCUCAUGCUGGUAUAGAAAUUAGGUCUUGGACUAUAAUCCAUGUUGGUGCCAUCUUCGGUUCCUUGGGCGUUUUUUUCGGAUUCUGCUUAUUUUAUAAUGCCGUUUGCGUCAAUUGCAUGGGUCUACCUGGAUCUUUUUGGGUAAUGGAAAAGGCCUUUACACAUCCUACAUAUUGGCUGACAGUGGCACUUACUUCUGUUCUUGCCUUAAUGCCUAGGUUGGUAUAUAAGGCGAUACAGUCCACUAUCGUACCAGAUAGUAUGCACAUUGUCUCACGGCGAAUCGACGCAAAAAGCGAUGACCAAAUUCUUCGGCAGCGUAUUAGCAAUCAGAGAGGCGAAGUCAACUUCAUCGCUGGAUGGUCGCGUUCUUCGCAACACGCUACUAUCAGACCCGGCAGCUACAGAAGCAAAAGCAACGCUCUCACAACUAUUGUCGCGUGACAAGUACAAUCACAUCGAGAUGAAGUAUGUCCAUCUCAUUAACCCGGAGAAUCGACCCGACCGAUCGCCGAAAAAAAGGGGAAAGGAACCGCUUUUCGCCCUUUCCCUCGAAAGCCACGCGUUCCUUUACCGAUUAGCAAGGGAAUCUUCAAAUCUCUCAGAGCCGUAUGCAUUGACAAUCUUGAUUAAUAAUUAACUAUAUUAACUAUCUCUGGUUGACGAUUCCCUUUGUAAGAUCAUAGUUGUAGUUCUAAUGAACAUAAUUGUAGUUCUAAUGUACAUAUGAGAGAAGAGCUAGUUAAACCAUAGUUCGUGUUACUGAGUGUGGAAAUUCACGCUCAUCACCACGGAACCAAACGUAGAUUAUUAAAAAACGAAACCUCGUUCAUGAUGCAAUGCGCAUCAUCGCUUGCCCAUGGUGGCGUUCUCGUUAUCGACAUCGCGAUAACAACUAACAUUACAUUGCCAUUUUUCGGGUUCGAGUUAUCGUGGUUAUCGCUGAUUUAAAAUCCAGUGGCCUUAAAUCUCAGAUCGUUCGUUGCAUUUAAUGGCUGUGACUUCUAGGGACCAAGACUGUGCGUUAUAAUUGCGUUGAAGGGCGGACUGUGCGUUGUAAUUGCGUCAGACAGGCCGGAUUCGAGUGAAAGUCUACGCUGCGCUACUUCAAGUAUCUCCUCUUUAAUUUUAUUUUUCUUUUCAAUCUAGAACUUCACUCGAACACAAACCGCAACUUCUACUUUCGCGAACAUACCAUAUGAAAGACCAACGUUAGACACAGGCAAACGUAUAAAUAUCAUUUCUAAUUUGUUCAUAUAUCUUUAAAAUAAGUGUACAAAGAUGUUGUAAAGAUGUUGUAAAAA